UCACUUCUGGCCACGCGAGAUUUGUGUCAGCCUACAAAACCUGGUCCAAACAUGUCGGCGUUCAAGAGAAAACGUGGGGGAAAGGCUAACGAUAAAAAGGCCAAGAAAGUAAAAAUUGUCGCAGGUGGAGAAGAAACACGGGAGCAAGCCGAACAAGAGAAGAAAAAUGAAGUCACAAUCCCACCACCUGUGUCGAGGGGUCGAUGGACCAACAAGGAAAGGGUUCUCAUUUUCUCCUCAAGAGGAAUCAACUUCAGGACGAGACACUUGAUGCAAGACCUGAGGACCAUAAUGCCUCAUUCAAAAGCAGAUACAAAAAUGGACAGAAAAGACAAAUUGUUUGUGAUAAAUGAGGUGUGUGAAAUAAAAAACUGCAACAAAUGCCUGUUUUUUGAGGCAAAGAAGAAGCAGGACCUCUACAUGUGGAUUUCCAACAGCCCUCAUGGACCUUCAGCAAAGUUUCUGGUUCAGAACAUUCAUACAUUGGCUGAACUGAAGAUGACAGGAAACUGCCUCAAAGGAUCCAGGCCGCUGCUCUCAUUCGAUCCUAAAUUUGACAAGGAGCCCCACUAUGCUUUACUGAAGGAGCUCUUCACCCAGACAUUUGCCACUCCACACUACCACCCAAAGAGUCAGCCUUUUGUGGACCACGUGUACACGUUCACUAUUGCAGACGACAGGAUAUGGUUUAGAAACUACCAGAUCAUUGAAGAGGACGCCUCUCUUGUAGAGAUCGGCCCACGCUUUGUUCUCAACCUCAUAAAGGUGUUCCGGGGGAGCUUUGGCGGAGCUACGCUCUUCGAAAACCCAAAAUUCAAAUCUCCCAACAUGCACCGGCGAGAGAUUCGACUGGCAGCCUCAGCCAGAGUGCGAGAGAAGCAGAUGGUGAAGGAGCUGCAGAAAAUGAAGAGGACCGAGGCGAAGGAGGACGUGACCACAGACGUUACAGCCGACGUCUUCUUAACGCCGGCAGAGGACAAGCCUGUUCACAUUCAGACAGAGGCACCUGAGCCUAAAGUGGUGAAGAAGAACAAACACAAAGCUUUCAAAAGACAAAGGAUGGCACGGAGGUAGAUGGAUGGACUGGAUUAAACUGAAUGAAUGGCUAACUACUGCCAUCGUUCAAAGUUGUCUCAAGGAAAUCUGUGUGUGCAGCAAUGCAGUUCAGUCAAGAGACUUUGUAUUACAUGUCAUCCCCCUGAUUAACAGAUUUGGAAAUGCCACAGAAACUGUAACAUGUACUCGUUGUGUUAAGUGUUCCACAAUAUUUCUAAAAGGUUCUUUAAUUCAGGACUCUUGUGCAAAGUGUUGACCAUAAAAGUCAGCGCUUAUACAAGACUACACCUUUCAAAAAUGUAUUUUUUUUUUUUUUAAGAAUAUUCCAUCAGUGUAAAAAAACCUUGUUUAUUGCUGUUGAGUAACUACAGUAGUUUUAUAUAUAUCAUGGAAAUUAAACAAUUCAAACAUA